UUGUACUUUGAGAUUGAUUUUGGGAUCGUGAUUCUGGGAAAAAAAAUGGUACCAUCGGGGCCGCCCACACCAAUUGGUGGUGCCCAGUCUGUUUCACCUUCUCUUCUGCGAUCAAAUUCAGGAAUGUUAGGAGGCCAAGGGGGUCCUCUGCCUUCUCAAUCAGCAUUCCCUUCACUUGUGUCACCUCGUACUCAGUUCAGUAACAUGAAUAUGCUUGGUAAUGUACCCAACGUUUCAGCCCUCCUUAAUCAGUCUUUUGGAAAUGGGGGUCCUAAUCCGGCUCUUCCCGGCCCUGGAAGUUGUCACCGUGGAGGUAUCGAUACCGGGGCUGAGUCAGAUCCUCUUUCUGGUGUUGGCAAUGGAAUGGCUUUUAACACACCGUCUUCAUUUGUACCGUCGAACAUGGUGAACCCUGGUUCAUCUGCACAAAUUCAGGGUCAACAAUUUUCAAAUCCUUCUGGUAGCCAGCUAUUGCCAGAACAACAGUCCCAACAGCUUGAGACUCAGAAUUUCCAGCACAGCCAGCAAUCAAUGCAACAGUUCUCUGCUUCUCAUAGUGCCCAGCAAGUUCAGCAGCAACAACAGUUCCAAUCACUCCGUGGAGGGCUAGCUGGUGUUGGGCCUGUCAAGUUGGAGCCUCAGGUAGUUAAUGAUCAAAAUGGGCAACAGCAGCCUCAACAACAGUUACCGUCAUUGAGAAAUCUUGGUCCUGUAAAAUUGGAACCACAGCGAAUCCAGAGUAUGAGGGGCUUGCCGCCGGUGAAAAUGGAACCCCAGCACACGGAGCAAUCAUUAUUUCUUCAUCAACAGCAACAACAGCAGCAGCAGCAGCAGCAGCAGCAACAGCAAUAUCUCAAUAUGUCACGACAACCUUCCCAGGCAGCUGCUCAAAUUAAUCUUUUGCAACAACAAAGACUCAUACAGCUCCAACAACACCACCAGCAGCAGCAACUUUUGAAAGCAAUGCCUCAGCAACGUCCCCAGUUACCACAGCAAUUUCAGCAGCAGAAUUUGCCCUUGAGACCACCUCUGAAGCAAGUAUAUGAACCUGGGAUGUGUGCCCGGCGUCUAACACAUUAUAUGUCUCAUCAGCAACAGAGACCUGAAGACAACAACAUUGAAUUCUGGAGAAAAUUUGUUGCUGACUUCUUUGCUCCCAAUGCCAAAAAGAAGUGGUGUGUGUCUAUGUACGGCAAUGGACGUCAAACAACUGGGGUGUUUCCUCAGGAUGUAUGGCAUUGCGAGAUAUGCAAUAGAAAGCCAGGUCGUGGUUUUGAAGCAACUGUGGAGGUUCUACCAAGGCUUUUUAAAAUCAAGUAUGAAAGUGGUACUCUAGAGGAACUUCUCUAUGUUGAUAUGCCCCGGGAAUACCAGAACUCAUCUGGUCAAAUUGUUUUGGACUAUGCAAAAGCAAUACAGGAAAGUGUUUUUGAGCAACUUCGGGUUGUUCGUGAAGGCCAACUUCGGAUUGUUUUCUCUUCAGAUCUCAAGAUAUGCUCUUGGGAAUUUUGUGCUCGGCGUCACGAAGAGCUCAUUCCUCGAAGACUGUUGAUUCCUCAGGUUAGCCAGCUUGGUACUGCAGCUCAAAAGUAUCAGGCAGCUACUCAAAAUGCAUCAUCUAAUUUGUCUGUUCCCGACCUACAAAAUAAUUGUAAUAUGUUUCUUGCAUCAGCAAGGCAAUUGGCGAAAGCUCUGGAAGUACCAUUAGUAAAUGAUUUGGGAUAUACAAAAAGAUAUAUACGGUGCCUUCAGAUAUCAGAGGUGGUUAACAGUAUGAAGGACUUGAUUGAUUACAGCCGAGAAACAGGAACUGGACCUAUCGAGAGUUUGUCCAAGUUCCCUAGGAGGCCAAGUGUUUCAUCUGGAUUACAGGGACAAGCUCAACAACCUGAUGAACAACAACAACAACAGCAGCAGCAAACUAUGACCCAGAACUCCAACAAUGAACAAAGUUCUGUCCAGGCCACCGCCAUGCAGCUUCCUGCUAGCAAUGGUGUGGGUAGUGUAAAUAAUUCGCUCAAUGCAGCAUCCACUUCAACCUCUGGCAGCACUAUUGCUGGACUUCUCCACCAGAAUUCCAUGAACUCCAGGCAGCAAAAUUCUAUCAACAACGCAAGCAGUCCGUAUGGAGGAAAUUCUGUUCAGAUGCCAUCUCCUGGUUCCUCAAGUACCAUUCCGCAGGCACAAUCCAAUCCGUCAUUUCAGACACCAACUCCUCCGUCAUCUAAUAACCCCUCUCAGACAUCACACAGUGGCUUAGCAGCUGCCAAUCACAUAGGUUCUACAAACUCUCCAGCAAACAUGUCUAUGCAACAAACAGCUCCUGAUGCUGAUCCAAGUGAGCCACAGAGCUCCGUCCAUAAAAUCUUACAAGAGAUGAUGAUGUCAAACCAACUGAAUGACACUGGAGGCAUGGUUGGCGUUGGUUCGUUUAGUAGUGAUAUGAAAAAUGUUAAUGGGGUGUUGCCUACAAAUGGUCCAGUCCUGAAUGGUGGCAAUACCUUAGUGGGGAACGGGGCAGUGGGAAGUAAUAAUCCAGGGGUUGCUGGGUUUGGCACAAUG